AUGGCUGAACUCUACCCCGACCUCAAGGACCGUCCUGUGAAGGAGACCAUCUGCCUCUUCGACGUCGAUGGAACCCUCACACCCGCCAGACAGAGUGUCUCAGCAGAGAUGCUGCAGGCCCUGUCCAAGCUGAGACACAAAUGCGCCAUUGGCUUUGUCGGAGGCUCUGAUCUCGUCAAACAACAAGAACAACUCGGCACACCCUCCCUCCCCGUCACCACCCUCUUCGACUUCUGCUUCGCCGAGAACGGCCUCACCGCCUACCGCCUAGGCCAGUCCCUCCCAGCCAACUCAUUCCUCCAAUGGCUCGGAGAAGAGAAAUACCAAAAGCUAGCCAAGUUCUGCCUGCGAUACAUCUCCGGUCUUGAAGGUCUACCAGCCAUGCGUGGAACCUUCAUCGAGUUCCGCAACGGCAUGAUAAACGUCAGCCCCGUCGGCCGUAAUGCCAGCAAAGUCGAACGAGACGAGUUCGAGGCCUGGGACAAGACAACCAAGUGCAGAGCCCAGAUGAUCGCCGCCAUCAAGAAGGAAUUCCCAGACAUGGGUUUGACAUAUUCAAUCGGAGGCCAGAUCUCAUUCGACGUCUUCCCCCACGGCUGGGACAAGACAUACUGCCUGACCCAAGUCGAGGCCGAGGCCGACACCUCAAAGGGUUUCUCCGGUGUCCACUACAAGAACAUCCACUUCUUCGGUGACAAGGCCUUCCAGGGCGGCAACGACUGGGAGAUCUACCAAGACCCGCGAACCACAGGACAUGCGGUCAAGGGCCCUGAAGAUACCAUGGCGCAAUUGAAGGAGCUUUUCGACGUUUGA